AUGCGUGCCUCAAUUAUCAUCCUUAGCUUCCUAGCCAGCAUUUCCCUCGCCAUGCCCGCAGCGCUCGAGUCCUGCCAGAGCCAAAACAAGCCUUGCAAGGCCGAUGCCGUAUGGGGUGAAAAGUUUGCCUGCUGUGUGGGUGAAUUGAGCUGUGUUACUCGUAGUGGUAGUAACAAUGGUACUUGCCAAUACUCCAAGUUCUAA